AAUGUAAUAUGAUUUUAGGUAGUGGAUGGAGGAAAAGCUUGUCUACUGUAUUGAUGGAGGUGUGUAGAUCCAACCUAAUGUAUUUUUGCCCACAAAGUUUGAUGAUUUUCGUAACAAUUUAAGAUCAACAUGCCCUAUAUUACACACCAGUAGGCUGGAUAUUAUUUUACUUAAAUGAGAGAGGUUGCAGUAGAUUGAACAGAUGUUGCGAAAUUUGGGGGCAUAAGAGAUUUGAAGGUCGAUGUGGUGAGAAAGGCGAAGAAUGAACAUUAAAGAAAGAGGAGGGGAAAGGGGAGGAGAGCGCUAAAUCGACAAGGGCAGAUAAAGGAGAGAGUGGAACGCUCACCAAGGUACACAUCUACGGAAUCACCAGAGCCACUUCCGCCCACACGAAAGAUGGCGGCUCCCUUGAUGGAGAAAUUGUCGGAAUCUUUAGGUUCCCCAGAACCUGCGGUUCGACUGAUUCUGUCCGUUUUAGUCGGGUACCCCUGUGCCCUGCUGUACCGGCAGUUCUUCUUCCACCAGCCACCCACUGUCAUUCACUUAUACCACGCCAUCUCCGGACUGUCUCUGGCAGCUUUCAACUUUGGCACACAGCUCUAUCACUCUGCAUUAUGCGUCCUUGUCCAGUUCCUGAUGAUGAGGCUUAUGGGAAGGACGAUAACAACCGUCCUGGCCAGCUUUAUUUUUCAAAUGGCAUACCUGCUUUCAGGCUACUACUACACAGCUACAGAAGAAUACGAUAUCAAAUGGACCAUGCCCCAAUGUGUCCUUGCACUCAAACUUAUCGGUUUGUCAUUUGAUUACUAUGACGGUGGCCAGGAACCAUCCAAGUUGAAUGAGGAGCAGAAGAGGUCAGCCCUGGCCAAUGUUCCCUCUCUGCUGGAGGUUAUCGGCUUCUCCUACUUCUACGGAGGCUUUCUGGUGGGACCCCAGUUCACGCUGCGCAGCUACCAGAGGCUAGUCAAAGGGGAGCUCACCGACUGCCCGGGACAGCCACCUAACAGUGUUAUACCUGCUAUGAAGCGGUUCUCCCUCGGCCUCCUCUGCCUGGUGAUCUACGCAAUAUUUAGUCCGCACUACCCAGAUAGCUAUUACCUAACAGACGAGUACGACGCGCAGCCGUUCUGGUACCGCUGUGUCUUCAUCCUCCUUUGGGCCAAAGUCAUCCUGUACAAAUAUGUUAGCUGCUGGGUCAUAGCGGAGGGAGUCUGUAUACUCUCUGGCCUUGGCUAUAAUGGGCUGGGUCAGAAUGGCGAGCACCAAUGGGACGCCUGCGCAAAUAUGAAGGUGUGGACGUUUGAGACCACACCCCUUUUUACAGGCACCAUCGCCUCCUUCAACAUAAACACCAACGCCUGGGUGGCCAGGCACGUGUUUAAGCGGUUGAAGUUCCUGGGUAAUAAGCUCCUGUCUCAGGUGACCGCGCUUGCGUUCCUGGCCAUCUGGCAUGGCACGCACUCUGGAUACCUCCUCUGCUUCUCCAUGGAGUUCAUCAUCGUAAAUGUGGAGAGACAGGCCCAAGCGCUGGUGAGGGAUAGUCCCCUGCUGACCCGCCUGGCCAACAGUCCUCUCUACCCCCUCAUCUACCUGGUCCAGCAGUUCAUCCACUGGCUCUUCAUGGGCUAUCCUUUGGUGCCCUUCUGCCUCUUCACCUACGACAAGUGGCUCAGGGUGUAUUCAUCCAUUUAUUUCUGCGGCCACAUAUUCUUCUUCACGUUGUAUCUAGGCAUCCCAUAUCUCCGCAAGGUGCUGGUACCUAGAAAAGAACGGAGCGAGAAAAAGGAGGACUAGAACUGUUAGGUCUCUGGCUGAAUCUCCACCCAGGAUGUGACUGAAGGGAACUGUGACUUUUAACUAGGAGCGGAUCAGAAAAUAUUUUAAAGCCUUUAAUAUUAUUUGUGUGUACACGUUUUUCUUUCUAUUUAUUUUAGUGUUUUGGACGGGAUGCACAUUUUUUGGGGGGACUAGGGAGAUGAGGGUACAGGAAAUAACCUUUGUGCCACAAUUGUGAGCCAAUCAGUGGGUGUUUUCUUGAUUUUAGAAAACUUGAUGAGACUGACGUCUUGUAUACACAGAAUAUUGCACUCGCCACUCACGGGCUCUGUUUUUAUGAUCUCUCUUCCUGUUUCAACCCUCCCCUCAAGUCCAUAUAUACGGAGUAUACAAAACAUCCUAAUAUUGAGUUGCACCCCUCCACAGCCUCAAUUCGUCGGGCGUGGACUCUACAAGGUGUUGAAAGCGUUCCACAGGGAUGCUGGCCCAUGUUGACUCCAGUGCUUCCCACAGUUGUCAAGAUGACUGGAUGUCCUUUGGGUGGUGGACCAUUCUUGAUACACACGCGAAACUGUUGCGCGUGAAAAACCCAGCAGCGUUGCAGUUCUUGACACAAGCCGGUGCGCCUGGCAC